AUGGGCCCACUCCGGCUGCUGUGGUUGGUCACCAUAGUGGCAAUAACAACCGAGACUCAUGGACUCGUUCAAAACUUAACCAACAAGAGUCUCCCGGCUAUCCCUCCUAACGGCCGCAACUCCUCUGUGACUAAACUGUUGAUGGAGGGGAAUCAGGUGACUCUCUCCGAGGGGGACAAGCUUGCCCUGGCCAGUUAUUCCCAACUGGUGGAGCUCUACUUGGAUGCCAACAAAGUGACCCGCAUACCAGUUAUGUACUUCUCUGUUGUACCACAACUCAGAGUACUGUCGCUGUCCAGGAACCAGAUCGACAGACUCGAACCCAAUGCCUUAUCUGGCCUUGAUGCCCUCAUGGUGAUGAACAUGUCCUACAACCAGCUGACAAGUCUCCCCGCACAACUACUCAGAGGGCUUAAUCAUCUACAGGUAGUGGACCUGCAAGGCAACCCGUGGAAUUGCUCCUGUCCACUGCUGGGCCACAUUGAAGAAAUAAGAGCAUCAGGAGUGACAAUCGCAGGCCCAAAUACAAAAUGCGCUUCACCAGAGGGACAGGCUGGACGGGAUCUCUUUGAAGCGAUAGCUCAGUGCUAUCCAACAUCACCGCCCUCCUCGACUGCACAGCCAACACACACAACUGGUGACUUACUACAAUCGCCGCUGCUAAGCACUUUGCCAGGAAUGAUGCAGACUUCCAGCCAGGACUACAACUUCAAUGGCAAGCAAAUACCCGUGUCUGGAAACACGUGGAAGUUUGCGGCGUGCGUUGUAGCCUUGGCGCUGACUACAUCUAUGCUCAUCGUGUGCGCCAUCAAAGGGCCCUCGUGGUAUCGCCUCUACCAUAACUACCGGCAUCGACAACUGCGCCAAGAAGAAAAUGAAGACAACCACACGGCUUCCAGCAUCUACUCAGAGACCGGGAGAUACAUGAACCAGCAGACGUUCACCUUUGACCGUCAUGGGGCCCAGGAGGAAGAAGAUGCACAGUACUUUGAGGAUCCUUACAUCAGGACAGAGGCGUAA